CGGUUGGUGGGGCCUACACUAAGCUGCCUAGGUCCUAGGUGGGCGGUUCUUAGAUGUUCUUAUUAUCCAUGUGUGAAGUCGCUUACGAAAACAGUGGAAAUCAUUCAUGCAUGAGGUGGACCAGCAAUCAACCGCCCCCUUCCUUUAAGGCCUCAAUGUUUGGGUGGCUGGUGGUUAAUGAUUUAUGGAAACACCGGAAUGAUAAAACACCCCCUCGAGAUUUGCUAUGUGGGGGUUGUAACAAAAGUGCAAUUUGUUUUGUUUUGGGGGGUCAAUCAGGAGAGGUCACCAAGACCAAUAUUUUCAUGAGGAGAGGCCCCAAAGACUAAAUCUCUUCAUGGGAGGGAUCCCCAAGACUAAAUCUCUUCAUGAGGAGAGGCCCCAAAGACUUAAUUUCAUCAUGACAGUUGAGGCACUUGGGACCUCUUUUGUGUGUGGCGAAUGGUUAAUUGAUUGAUUAGGCAAUUCAUAAACUACGCGAGAACUUCUUCCAAGGCCGGGGGUGGCUGAAGAAGAGUCUGUGAGGAAUUCACAUGAGCCCAAUUGUUCCAAAGGCUUGAUUCACUCCUCCACCAGGGGCCAAGAUCAGGUGAUCAGUCAGGAUCAGCACCAGCCAACAGGCAGUGCAAGUUUUCAGAUACCAUGCAGGUAUUACCAGUUUGUCUUUUGAACGUUUGUUGACGCCCGGAGGCCCAGAGGCGGACCAAACUAAUGGGGGGGUCCUAUGUGCACACUAUUGGCUUGAUCUUGCCUCAGCUGACUCAAGCUUAUCAUGCAACUUGGAUCAUGCGACCAUGUUGAUUUCCAGCCCUCACUUUCGAGCCCCACACACCUCUGGCCAGUGAGGUCCCAAACACCACAGAAAACCAUAGAAAACCACCACUCCCUGCAUGACUUGCUAUCAACCCCACUAGGCCCCAUUGGCGACGUUGAGAUCCGAAAGUCGCUGAAUUUUACACUCCCAGAGAUAAACGCACACAGGGAAAACGAGUUGGAAUCAAAUCCGCAAAGAUGUCGACAGCAUGUGUUUGCAAGGAAUUCCUGCAGGCUCCAACUUGAUCACAUUCACACGAAUUUGGCUUAAUUUAGCCAAAUCUAUCGUGAGGAACUGUUGAGCUUCCCCCAACAAGGACUUAAAGAUGUGGUGGAAAAAUUACAUUGGAAACGGUCUUGGCACCCUGCUCCCCCACAAACAUGUAUUGGAAGAUGAACUUAAUUCUCCAAUACCUCCCAAAGGAGAAGGUUGAAUUUUUGGAGGGGAGUACGGUUCACCGAAUUCUUCGCAGCAUUUUGCACUCCGAUUCCUACAAUGGGUUUGAUGAUCAUUGCCUCCCUUCAGGCCACGACGGAGCUCUUUAAGUUUCUUCUGUUGAGCCCUGACGAGAUUUCUCGGAUCGUUUGCUUUCCCAAUGAGCCGCUCAACCCGCAGAUGUUCCUGUGCGGGGAGAAGAGGACGACGGGCGAUGGAGCAGAAGCCGCUGACGUUGAAGAGGAGGCAUCCGAAGAUGAGGUUGAGGAGGAAGCUGAACAAGCCGACGAUGGCACCACAGCCAAAGCAGAUGGCGACCCGAAGCCGCCCGAGUCGAGAACAGCGAUGCGGGCAGCCUUCGGCUCCUACGUGGAGAUGGUCCACCGAGGGGAUGACGCUUCCGGUCGGACGUCGGAGGUGCAAGAUCUGUUGAACGCAGCUGUUUUCCUCUUGAGAGCUGUGGCCGAGUCCAAGGAGGAAAGCGAGGAGAGCUCGUUGUUGCCUGGUCACAGCCUGCAGGAGCUCCAGGAUAUUUUCGACAAGAGCUCUUUUGGCUCUGUGACCUUUCAGAUGGCCUUGACUUGCUUAGAGGACCUCAGGCUUGUGGUGCCUUUUCCCAGUGGCUCUCACUUCCGCCUGGUGCUUGCCCGCCAUGCGGAACCCUACUGCCUCCGCUGGCAGAGCGAGAAGGGUCACGAACAGUUCUUAAAGAUGUUGGCCCAGUUUCACCAGGAGAGACCACUGGGCCGCCACUGGUUGCUGCCCUAUGGACGCCUUCUGAAUCUCUCCGCAGAGCUCAUCGCAGACGCCAGUGCCUGUGUGGCUCAGGCGUGUGAAGAGUGCUCACUCCGCAUCAACGGGUGGAGCGGGGUGGACCUCGUGGCGCCCUGCGCGUGGGUCAACGCCAAGGGCCAGCUCAACGUGCUGAUCUUCCGGUGUUUGCUUUCCAGAUUGCUGCAGCUACUCUUGCGGCAUCCAUGGUCCUCAGCCGCGGAGCUGAUUCAGCACCUGGCGACCCUGGACAUUUGCGAAGUGGAGUACCUCCUCCACUUUGCAGCCUUCCUGGGUGCUGUGGAGGUCCGCGAGCCUGAGACCGGCUCCAGCGGUGUCCCGCGCUACUGCUGUGCCUUCCUGCGGAGUUGAGACGCUGCCACGGCGAGAGAGAAGACGGC